CGUACAUGAUAUGAGGAAUCGUUCAGUCAAGAGUGGCGGGUCGCACGACAGUCUGAACGCUGUGGUCAGUUUAUAAGAUUAGGUCUGAACACUCUAAUCGGGUCCAGAUUAACAUGGCUCAGCAUAAAUUCCCAAGGUUCCCUCGCGGAAGACUCAGUCAGAAGCUACGCGACUGUCUUCAGCAGAAUACUGCAUUUUUGGAGGAAAAUUUGGAUGCGCCACACAUAGUCACAAAGCUGUACUCAACAAUGAUCUUAGAUGACGAGGACAGGGAUGCAAUUCUAGGGCCGGAGGGCACCAGCAGUACUCGUCAACAACAAAACCGACGAUUGUUGAGCAAACUGACCAUGCGAGCAGACGAUGGUUUUCGUGCAUUUUUACAGGCUCUAAAAGACACUGGCCAUGAAGCUGCUUCCAGGAAAAUCCAAGAAUGGCUGCGUCGUAACACAGCAGCUUUGCCUGGCCAGAAGGUUGAUGCACAAAACGACAGUUUAGCUGCAACUGAUUUUCAGUUUCCUGAGACUGAGAUGACCACUUCAACCAAUCAGACAGUGCUUUAUCGUCGUGUGAUACAUGUUGAAAACCGGCUGGACGUCCUAAGUACGCGGCUGACAAGGCUAGACACUGCAUCUUCGCAGCAGCAGACCCAGGAAGCAGAAGACCUUCGCAAAAGAUUUGAGAACGCCAAAGAAGAAAUAGAAAAUCUGAAACAACUGCUGACAUACAAAUCUCUGGAUCUCGAAAAAGCUCAGGCAGAAAUACAUAUACUCGAGGAGCGGAUACUGAAACUGAACGACGAGCAGCGAGAGCUAGAAGAUAAACUUAAAGUUCAAGAACAAAAGCUGAAUGAUCAGGAGACUAAGAUAAAUAACCAAGAAAGCAGAAUGAAAGAUCAGGAAACCAGAUUAAAAAGCCAAGAAAGCAGAUUGAAAGAGCAAGAAAUUAAAAUGAAAAGCCAAGAAACUAAAUUUAAAGAGCAACUCCACAAUGCAGAAAUCAAACUUACAGAGGAAAUGAAAAAACAGCACCAACAACACAAUAAAAUUGUAUCCAAACUCUGUGCAGACGUGCGAUCUCUGAUUGAAAACCAACGUAGAAUCAGUCAAGAGCAACAGGUGCAGAACAAAGAGUCUCUAGGAGGUGCUGGCAAAGAUGUUCAGACUAAAACUACUUCCAAAGUAAUGCUGCAGAAUGCUGCUGCACAUCAGACAUACAAACAAAUACGACCAGCGCCAGCAAAGGUCAACCGUAGUCAAGAUAAUACACAGAAAAAGAAGUGACCUCGAUUCUAAACUGCAUUCUUACAGUGGAUUCAACCUACAAAAGUAAUCGUGUGUUGCAGAAGAAACAUAAACAAUUAACUUUCUUGUGGAAGAAAGUUGAUAACGCGCAAUGGUGGACUUAUGUUGAAUCCUAAGAUACGCCAAUAACAUUUUUAAAUGGAGGAACAGAAUAUUAUUUUUGUUAUUCGGUGUGUGACGAAUAUAUACUUGUCUGUAUUAUUCUCCCACCAAUUUAUCGCACCUCUUUCCCUGUCUUUCCUAUCACGAUAACCUCUAAAAGAUUGUGGAUUCUUUCCCUACCCACCUCAUUAACCCAUUCUUCAUUUCUAAAUGCAGUUACCUGCCUCGGUACUCAUGCCGUAUCUCGUAUACAAGACUGAGAUGGUGAGAAAACAAGAAGUCAUUUGCGCUGCAGUGUGAUGUGCACAGUGCAUGUUAUUGUGUCAUGUCAGUUGUUACCUAUGGAGGAAGGUGCAGUGACAUUGUGUAUAUCCUAACAAUAUUUGACCGACUGUAAUGUAAAUACUUUCUUGUCACACUCUUUUCAUGCAAAAUGUAGUGUGUUUGUGUGUAUAUAUAUGUUUAUACAGACUGUAGUGCAAGAAGUGCGGGGUGUAAGGUUGCGCCCCCUUGUCAUGUACACUUGAAAUCAGGCCAGUCCAUCUUUCUUGCAGGUGACUGUGGAACACUCUUUGUAACUGAACUCUCUCCAUCUCUCUUCCAUUGAUAGACUCCUAAUAUAUCACAGGAGGUAAAGAUGAUAUAAAAGAUCGUUCACUCGGCCGAUUUCCAUCAUUAAACAUUCCGUCUGGCAAGCGGUUAUCUCCCUUAGUUCGUUCAUGCACAAGUCGCACAUUGACUGCUACAGUGACUUUCAUAGCUCACUAUUCCAUGCAAGAGUAUAUAUUAUCAUGCAUCUUGUGUUGAUUUUGGGUAUGUACAUUUGUUGUUGUAGUUUGAUCUUUUUCUACACAUUUUUUUCUUGGUUUACUUAAUUAAAUGUCUUUAGACACACUUUAAAAAUUCUAGUUUUGUUCUUAUAUUUUUUCAUUGCUUUGAUAUCAUUUACACAUUUCUCUACCUAUUUUCAGUAAUCAGCUUACUGACAGAAAAUUGCACAAAGAAAGGUGUACCAAAUAAUCAUUAAGAUUACUGAAAGAAACUUUGAAUGAAAGAAUGAAAAAAAAUCACAUGGGCAGUGAUAAGCUCAUAUACAUAUAUGUGUGUGUCACUGAAAUUUAUAGCUUUAAACUGUACCUGUAUCAGCAUCAGCUCGUCUGUUUCUUUUGUGGGACUUUCGUGCUGGAUCUGUCCUUUAGUUUUCUUUGUAUGGUAGCUGGAGGUUGUGGAUUAGGAACAUCAAAGAUGGUAGGAACAGCAUUCCACAUUAAUCAUUUUCUUUCUGCUGGACAUUGAGUAGACUAGAUUCAAAAUGUUUGCUAUGGAGAUGGUAGCCACCAACAGAAAGCACUUUGGGAGUUUUUUUUUUUUCUUUUAGGUCCAGACGGCGGCUAUUCUGAACCAAAUUCUUCAUCUCAAAUAAUGAUAAUCCUUCACUUAAACCGGCUGAAACUAUCUGAACAUGAUUAUCAGCUCGCAGUUUCUGCUCUAUAACAGAUCUUUUGGCAUACAAAUAGAGUGACCGCUGUUAUUCAGAUGACAAAUGCAUGUCCCUAAACACUGAAUGGAUGAGUGAUGAGCCUACAACCGCAUGUCCAGCACAGUAGUGCAUGAUGUCUAGAGAAGAAAAUAAAACUUGUAUAAUAAAGACUCUUUAGACCAGACAAAACGACAGCGUUCAUUCUUCGACUGCUUACUUUAAGUGCUUUGGCUUUCAACAAGUUCAUCUUUAAAAAAAAGUACCCUUGGCAGGGCAACCAAAGGACCUCGGGGGUUCAAUACAAGCGACCUAGCCCCCACCCCCAAAAAAAACCCGUCUACUCCGUCUAGUCACAAAUCUUAGCUAUCAUAUGGCCCAGUGGUCACAAGUCUGCCUUUUGUUCCAGAGCAUGCGAUUAACAAGUUCUUAUACCUGGAAGUGUUGUUAAUGUUGUAGCGCGCGUGUGUGUGUGUGCGCGCGCAUGCUGUGUGUACGUGUGCAAAACGAGUGAGAGACAAUUAAAGGACAAAAGAAACACAAACGAACGUUGACCUUCAUGGUAAGCUCUGACAAGUCGAAUCUCCACAAGUCAAAAACAAAGAACAAACAAAAUAUAAACAUUUUCAACGAAAAUAUUGUCUAAUCUUCGGUAGCAUUCAGAAAACAAAUGAAUAUUUAAAAAAAAUACAGCAACAUAAGAUGCACCCCAAUGCAACUAUGCGUACGUUCAAUGUAGACUAAACGAUGCCCGCAUUCUUGCCUACCACACCAGGUACAUCCUAGAGAGAUUGUUUAAGCACAAGAAGAAAGUCUGAACGGUGUAUAGAGGUUUGCCCAUCGUCCUGUUGUGUACCCACUGUGGAGGUCGAUCUUUUCUCAAAGGCAGUGUCUAAAUAUUAAUCGCAAGGAAAAACCGAGUUACUAUCCUCGGACGCCAAGUUUAACUUUUGACCCUGCUUAUCUACACUCUCUAUCCCUCUCCCCCAUACCCAUCUACCAUCUCUUGUCCUUGGAUUUUUUUUUUAAAAUUCAAAUCUUAGGAAAGUAUAGGAAA